AAAACUUUUCCCUUUCCAUUUUCUCCCCUCUCUGCGAUUGCGAAAAACGACAGCACUUUCUCCGCAGCAAAAUCCUUCUACGAAACCGCAUUCAGAAUCGCCGAUAAACUGAGUCCUAGUUUCUUAAUGGAGAGUUCUGAGGAGGAAAAUGAUGGAGUCUCUGGUAAUCAUGUACCCAAGGAACUGAGUCGUUUAGCAUCUAAUGGGAUGAAAUUUAUAGAUGAAGUACUCAAUGGUCAAAAUGAACGUUGUGUGGAUAAUUUUCGCAUGGAUAAGCAUGUAUUUUAUAAGUUGUGUGAUAUCCUACAAGCCAAGGGUUUAUUGCGUCACACAAAUCGAAUCAAAAUUGAGGAGCAACUGGCCAUAUUUAUGUUCAUUAUUGGGCAUAAUCUGCGGACAAGGGCUGUUCAAGAGUUAUUCCGUUAUUCUGGAGAAACUAUUAGUCGUCACUUUAACAAUGUUUUGAAUGCUAUAAUGUCAAUGUCACUGGAUUUCUUUCAGCCUCCUGGCUCUGAUGUUCCUUCAGAAAUCUUUGAAGAUCCUAGAUUCCAUCCAUAUUUUAAAGAUUGUGUGGGAGUAAUUGAUGGUAUACAUGUACCAGUGACAGUUGGUGUAGAUGAACAAGGACCUUUCCGGAAUAAGAAUGGCUUACUCUCACAAAAUAUUUUAGCAGCUUGCUCCUUUGACCUCAAGUUCCAUUAUGUUUUGGCUGGAUGGGAAGGAUCUGCUACAGAUUUACAAGUUUUUAAUUCAGCAAUCACAAGACGGAAUAGAUUGCAGGUCCCUGAAGGUAAAUACUACAUAGUAGACAGCAAGUAUCCAAAUGUGUCAGGUUUCAUUGCUCCAUAUUCCAGUACUCCUUACCACUCCAAAGAAUUUCCCAGUGGUUACCACCCACAAGAUGCAAGUGAACUAUUCAAUCAACGACACUCAUUAUUACGAAAUGUCACUUAUCGAACUUUUGGGGCUCUAAAGGCACGGUUUCCUAUAUUGAUGUCUGCUCCUUCUUACCCAUUACAGACACAGGUGAAGUUAGUGGUGGCAGCAUGUGCAUUACAUAACUACAUUCGCAGGGAAAAACCAGAUGAUUGUCUUUUCAAGAUGUAUGAAGACGCAUCAUUUCCAAUGGAGGAGUCACUACCCCCAUUAGAGUUGGAAGUACAGCCAAAGUCGGAUGUUGAGACCCAGACUCAGUCAUCAGAUCAUACUUUAAAUGCUGAAGAAAUUGCACUUGCUUCACAGUUAAGGGACUCCAUUGCAACUGAAAUGUGGAAUGAUUUUAUCCAUGAUUAUCCCCCCAUGUAA